AUGAGCUCUGCCGUAUGCUCAAAGGCCGCAGUAGGAUUCAUGCAACGGAGGCAGAGCCGUGGCAUGACUUUGCGUCAGACAAUGGUGCUCGCCGAUAAGCGUUGGGCUGUGCCGGAGCUGUAUUGGCAACUGGUAACUGGCAGCUUCCGAAGAUACGGUUCUUCAUUUCUGAUGUUGGCUAUAAGCCUCAUCUUCCUAGGUGGUGUGAUCACGCCUUUGCAAUCAGUCUUCCUGACCUCGAAGACCAUCAAGACGCCGACGCAUCCUGGACAAGUCUACCGACUGACUGACUUGACUGAUCUGACUCCCUUAGGCUUCGGAGAUAGUAACCUCGUCCCUGUACUCGCACGGUCAGCAAUUACUUCAGCAUACAACACCGAUCCGCAAAGUCGCCUCUGGACGGGGGAGUGUGUAAGCUGUAAGUCAGCUGUGAACAGAAACGCAACGUCCUUUGGCAGCCAGUACGGCAACGAGUACGACAGCGAUCGACCAGAGGCUUGCGAGGCUGGCGGCAUCACCUUGGGGAAUAUGUCUUCCUUGCCAGACCCUUUCUUCGCCCAACUUCCUUCCGCAUACAACACUGGGCUCAUCGAGCAGUUCUUACCAAGGAUCAACUCCACAGUCACCAAUGAGAGAAUCAGUGAAGAUGAGUUCCCCUCGAAUUGCGACACUCUGCCCGGAGCGUUCUACAUGAGCUACGGCGAUCGAACGGAUCUCUAUCACUGGAGUAUCGUGGCUUGCAUGCCUGCAGACCAGACAUUCUCUCCGUGGAAACCUGUUCGAGACCGACAGGACUUCCCAGAGACGCUGUACCUGAACAUCUCCGUGGAUUACCUUCAGGUUGCGUAUCAAGCGACUGGAUUCUUCCAGAUCACCAUGAACACCAGUGCUGGAUUCUUCGAACUGCCAAACUACAUGAACGGCGGUAUCCCCGGACCACUGCUCGACCACGACCCUGGUCCUCUGUGCGGUCCAGCCUGCGUUGCGCAGGGUGACAUCGUGCCGGCCGAAGAGCCAGAUUCACGUCUCGACUCUCGCGAUAUUGCUAAACGCCAAGUCCCUGCAAACGGCACCAUCAUCACAAGCAACUCCAGCCUCGCACUAGAAGACGUAGAGAACCGCGGCCCUCUCCUUACCAUCGCCAUCGCGCUCUUCGGCGAAGGCUCAUUCAUCUCCGACCGCGUGAAGAAACCCGACUCCUGCAUCCGCGACGUGGCAUUCGACGCUCCCAACUAUGGCACCUGCAUUGGCCAGGUCCCACUACAAGGUCUCAUGCGCACCACCUACAAUAAAGACCUGGAGAACACUGGCCUGGGAGUCUGCGUACACAACGGUCUACGGGGAAUGGCCUCGCUGCAGGAACAGCUGGCUCCGUAUAUCCAUGCUUUCUACUACGAUGAGGACGACGGAGCAAAGGCCGGGCGCAUCAGUAAUGCUUUCAAUGCGGCGGCGUUUCUGGCGAACGAGGCGUGGAUGACGUCCCCGACUGUUGAUGCGACGUUGGAUGUGUACUAUGAUGAAGGCGCGGAUACGUUGGUGCCGGUUAUAUCGACUGCGGGUAUCGUUACGAUCUCCUUACUGCUAGCCGCGGACCUUAUUUUCAGCGAAGACAUCGAUGGGUUUCGUGGAAACUAG